CUGCCCGCUCGCCUAUAAAAGGGGGGUGAUGCAACCCGGGCGAGCGGCAGAGGCGCGGGGAGUCCGGCGAGCUGCUCUCCCGCAAGCGGCGGCGGAGCGGCGCGGGCGGCAGCGCGGCGGGGCUGCCGAGCCCCUUCCCUCCUGCCGGGACAGCGGCGGCGGCGGCUGGAAGCAAAAUGAUGGUUCAACACUCAGGCCAGCUAUCCGCAUUAGAAGUCAGCGCCUCGGCAAUUGUUCCCACUUUGUCCCCUGCAGGGUCACUGGGGUUUGAUGAUUUCACAAAUUUAACCCCCCUGGUGAAGGAGGAACUCAGGUUUGCCAUUCAGAACAAGCGCCAGUUCCACAAGAUGUCUUCCACUUUGGACACUGUGACUGUUUCUGAAAGGCCAGUUGAAACAUCAAUGAUGAAAACAGAGUUUUCUCCUGAAGAGGAUGAAAGAAAAAAGAGAAGAAGGGAAAGGAAUAAAAUUGCUGCAGCAAAGUGCCGAAACAAAAAGAAGGAAAAAACAGAGUGUUUGCAAAAAGAAUCGGAGAAGCUGGAAACGAUUAACGCGGAACUGAAAGCCCAGAUCGAGGAGCUGAAGAACGAGAAGCAGCAUUUGAUAUACAUGCUAAAUCUGCACAGGCCCACGUGUAUAGUCCGUGCACAGAACGGAAGGACACCUGAAGAUGAAAGAAAUCUUUUUAUUCAACAGAUCAAAGAAGGCACAUUACAAGGUUAAGUGAUACGGCAAACAUGGAAAUAUUUAAAAUGUUUUUAACAGCUACCAGAAUCCAUGGGGGAGUCUGACAUAAUGUGUAGGAUUCUAUUAGUCAAGAGCCUUUAGGAAGGGCAGAUUGCUUCCAUAAGUGGAAAGAAUCAUUUUGGCUUGACAGCGAUCCUUGCCCUUGGAAGAUCUGGUCUCAAUCAAACUGAAGAGCCUCCUGCCUCAACUGUAGGGUUUGCACCUGCCAUACUUGCUGUUCCUAGGAGCGACAGACAACAGCUUCCCAAGUUUUAGCUCUCUGCUAGUGUACAGUAUCUGCACUCACGAGGUUUGUGCUAGAGCACUAGGACUCCCAGCAAUGCACGGGGUACAGACAGCUGUGCUGGAUGGACACUGCUCUUCCUUGUUGCUGGUAGGGAAAGAAGACUGAGUAUUCUUGAAUUUCCAGGAGGAUGGUUUCUGGCAGAAUGUAUUGAUGUGUAAUGUUGCAUUCUAACCUAACACACACACACAAAAAACCCUGUAGUUCCAAUUAAGCUUUGUAAUUUUUUUCACAAUGCUCAUGUGGGUUUUUUCUGUGACUCAUCUCAGUGACUGAAUUUGAAGGGUCUAGUAAGUGUGACAAAGAAAUGUUUCUUGUAGCCUAGCUUGUAUUUUAUGAGCUAUCACCCCAGAUACUACCCCUUGGGGACUACAGUUUUUCCUUGAAUUGCUGAAGAGGAGCUUGUACCAUCACUUGGUGAAUUGAAUCCACUGAAUUGGAAAGAGGGAACUAACUGUGCAGGGGUAUUGAUAGAGGUUUUGCUCAAGUAAUGAAUCACAGGAGUAAAUCCCAGAUUCCUGAACCUUGAAAAAAAUAAAUAUUUUUUAAAUUCAUCUAGGAUCUAAUCCUACAAGCCUUAAUUCAUGCUAUUACCCCUCAGUUACAGAAAACGUUCCAUGGAUUUCAGUGGGUCUGCUCAUGCAGAUAGCUCUUACAGGCAUAAGAGCUUGGCAAAGCUUUUUCCAUCCUGGUCAGGAUUACUUCCUUUUGCCAGGUGACUCAGAGAGAAAAAUUAUGAUUGUAGCUACUUUUGUUUUACAUUUGAGUGGCAACUACAGUCGAUCAAAAGUGUUACUUAGAAUCUAAUGGAGGCAAGAGUUUUGAUGUAGUGAAUGAUUGUUUAAUUUUUUUAUUAAAUACUAACCUUGGAUGGUUUUGAACUGGUAGAAGAGCUGCUGGACGAAACAGUUGGAGCUAUGAGUGUUGAAAUUCUGAUGUUUCUGUGAAAUUCUCAGAUUGUUUAUUUCUAUAAAAUAUAACCUUACAAUUUUUUGUAAAAGAAAAUAUAUCCUUAUUUAUCACUAAUAUCAUAAUGAGUAGAGCUAAUAAAUACUGCGAACAAGAUAAAACUGAAAACACAAGUGUUGGGCUGUCUUUUUACUUUUAUCUCUUGGUGUUUAAUAUUAUAUAUUCCUAAACUUCACCAGUUGUAUUUGAGACACCACUAUUAAAAUCACUUAUCCUUCAUGUUUUUUGAAGAUGAGGCACUGAGUGUCUUAAAUGAUUGGGUGCAGAUUCUGUACCUUCCAAAAUUCUGUAUCUCCAUCAGUGGUGUCUGGCUGUUCAAUGUCACAAUUUAAACAAAGCAGAAUACAAGUGGAGCUUACGGUGCAUAAUAUUUUACACCAGUUCUGCAGUGUUGAAACUGUGUGUUUGUUCUAAAGGCUAAACUUGAAGAUACCUCAGCCAUGAGCUUCUUACCCUGCAAUGAGUCCAUCACAUAUUGUACCUGGUCCUCGUAUGAUUGUUAUAUUCUGCAACAGAACUGCUUAGUACCAUUUCCUGAGUUCUGGAUAUAUUGUAAUGUCCUAUACCACAUGUAAAAGGUAUGUACUUCAUGUAUCUGAAAAGUGAAUGUAUUACAAAGAUGACAUUCUAGGUCCAAUUCUGUCUUAAGGAUCCAUGAUCUUUCUGUGUGUUGGAAGGAGGUUCCAUUGACUUCAGCGAGAGGUUUUUUCAUGUCCUGUAAGCAGAGUUUGGAGUCUCUGUGGCAACUCCUCUGGCUUACAGGGCAAGUUCUACAUGUAAUUGGGCCAGCUGUUUACCAGACAACAGAUAUACAUGGAGCAUGCACAACAAACUUGUCAAACAAUGUUCAUUAUUUGACUUCUGUAAUUGGAAAUACCAAACCAAGGCAUCACCCCAGUAUUAUACCCCUUGGCUUUGCUUUUUGCCCCUCAGAUACCAGCAGACAGGGCUGUUUGUCUCAAAAUUGGUUCUCAAGUGUUACCACAGAGACUAUAAUGACAGAAUUCACGUGUCUCCCUUAGGGAGUUUGUAUGGUUGCUUUUAACCAUAUCGCCGGUGACGCGGGCGUCAUGCUUUUGUUGCUUGAUCUUAUUUACUCGGCAUGCCAAAUGUUAAUGCGGUACCACUACUAUUGUCAGAGGAUAAUCUAUUUUUAUUUCUUUACAUGUGCAGUCACAGCUGCUCUGUAUUGCUUCUGUAUGUGUGUGUGUGUGCGUGCUCCUGCACGCUGCCCUGGAAAUGGUGGUACUGGCUGUGCCCAGGAAAAGAGGGUUUAAACACCUGCACAGGAAUGGUGUGUUGCAUGAGUUUUCUCAAAGUAUACUUUAUUCAGGAGAACCCUUAAAAUGCAUUUAAAAAGCAGUUUGUUUUCUAUUCUCAAGUUUGUUUUGAUACUUUAAUAAAAAAGAAUUAAUAUAUAUUUA